UUUCUGAUCAGGAGCCUCCAUGUAAAUGGAAUCGAGAUACCUGGUACUUGCUAGAGGCAUCUAGAGACAAUUGUUUAUUGCUUCGCCUAAAAGCAAUUGAAAUUUUCUCAUUUGAAGGUGAUGAAGAUUGUAUGAAAAUGGUGGAGUAUUUUCUGAAAAGUGCAAGAGUUCUAGAGAACUUGACAAUUCAUAUUAGUGCAGAAAAUGAAAAACGAUUGAAGAUCACCAAAGAGUUAAUGAUAUUGCUGAGAGUCUCAGAAAAAUGCCAAGUCAUGAUUGUCUAGGUUCUCCAUCAUUCUUUUGCUGGCUUCAGUUUGAAUUCUCAUUUAUAAGACUUACCUAUAUAUUACCUCCUAUUCUCAGCACCUUCAGAUCAGCCUUGUCCUCUAGUGAAAUCCUGUUUAUUAUCUGGGAAAGUGGUUGCAAAUUAGUUAAGGAAGUGGCAACAAUCCUUUAUGUGUUGGGCAAACAGACGGCAAAAUGAAGUUCACUAGGGUGGGUUGGAAUUCCAUACUCCGAAAUCAGGAGGUUUGGGAGUAUGAUUGUCUAGUUUCUCCAUCUAUCUUUUGUUGGUCUAAGUCUAACAUAAUGUUACUCUACAUUUGAUUUACUUUUUUGCCAUCUCGCAUUUCUCUAACAUAAUGGCAAAAGAGUUUUGUAUUUGUUCCAUCUCGUUUGAAAAAAAGAAUUGUAAUUUUUUCAUUUGAAGGCAAUGUAAAUCAAGUGGAGAUGGUCAAGUAUUUUCUGAAAGGUGCAAGAGGUCUAGAGAGCAUGAAAAUUCAUACUGGGAAAAACUGUGAAGAAAAAUCUGAGAUCACUAAAGAGUUGCUGGUGUUACCAAGAGUCUUACAGGAAUUUAGUGUUGUUAUUGUCUAGUUUUCUCCAUAUUUCUCUUUUGUUGAAUCUUCUUUUUUUGUUUCUGUUAAUUCCAGUUCUUUUGUAAGACAUGCCAUCAUUUGUUUCUCCAUGUAUGCCUGUGGAUUGUCUUAGCAGUAACACUUUUUUUUCUUUCUACUCCAUGCUUCUUAUACCAAUAAUGUGGAUGAGAUCUCCUAUUCAAGACUACCUUACUUUAAAACAAUAUAAGUAAUUUAAGGUGAGAUGCUCUUGUCCAUAAAUAUCUUGUGCAUUGUGUCUUGAAAGGUUGGACAGAAUUGCUGCUUUUGGAAGGGACUUAAGAGUUGAAGUUCGUGGUACCAGUUGCCGAAGGAAGGUGGGGUGAAAUUGAGCUCUGAUGACUUGCUGCUGGUACUAAAAACAUUCUGAAGGCAAGUGCAGGUGGUCUAAGGAGUUGGAAAUGCAGUGGCUGCUAUGAUCUUAACAAUACUGUUCAUGUUAGGAGUCUGGGUGGAUGAUGCAGUCAUUUGAGUAAUUUCUUAUAUAUUUAAGUUAUAAAUUUGAAAUAUAACA